AUGGCUACGACGACAACCGGUUAUGCAGUACUCGUGGCCCUCUCUCCCGCUCCGCGCAAGGCGCGAACAUCCGAGAGGACGUAUCGCUCUGCGAAAACACCCUCAAAACCGCAACCGCUCGAGUCCAUCGCAGAUCCCGCUAGCGUUGAUUUGAGCGUUAUUGUCCCUGCCUACAAUGAAACGACACGUAUGCCCGGCAUGCUUGACACCGCUAUCGCACAUCUCUCUACCUCGGCGCUCCGGAGCAGGACGUACGAGUUUGUGAUCGUGGAUGACGGGAGCACGGAUGACACCGCCGCGGUUGCACUCAAAUGCGCGGCGGCCAACCCGAAAUGCGACAUCCGCGUUGUGCGGCUCGAGCAGAAUGCAGGCAAGGGUGGCGCUGUGCGCCACGGGAUGCUGCAUGGAAGGGGAAGGCGGUUGCUCAUGGUAGAUGCGGACGGGGCGAGCAGGUUUGAAGAUUUAGAGUCGUUAUGGAAGGAGAUGGAUAGGAUAGCGCCCCAUGAGGAGGCUGCGGUGGUGGUCGGUAGUCGGGCACAUCUCGUGAAGACGGAAGCGGUUGUCAAGCGUUCGGCUCUCCGCAACGUUUUGAUGUACGGUUUACACACGAUCCUGCGCAUCGUGGGUGUUGGGCACAUCCGCGACACUCAAUGUGGGUUCAAGCUCUUCUCGCGCGCCGCGGCGCAACACAUCUUUCCGUAUCAGCAUCUUCCUUCAUGGAUUUUCGACGUCGAGCUUUUGCUACUAGCUAAGCAGCUGCGCAUACCCGUUGCGGAAGUACCUAUUGAAUGGCACGAAGUCUCAGGCAGCAAGCUUAAUGUGAUGACGGAUUCGCUGCAAAUGCUACGCGAUCUGCUCGUGUUGAGAGCAAACCACGUCUUAGGAAGAUGGAAGAUAGGACCUCCUCUCUCCAGUACAAGUAACCUAGAUGGACACCCGAAGUAG